AUGCCGCGGUGGACUACUCGCUUACCUUUUGAUUAUCAACAACAAUUUAACGGGUCAUAUUCCUCCAAGUUUGAAAAACUGCAAAAGUUUAUACAGAGUAUAUCAGAAGCUUUUGGUGUGUAUCCGAAUUUGUAUUAUAUUGCAUUAAGCAACAACAGAUUUUAUGGUGAACUUUCUCCAAAGUGGGGGCAAUGCCAUAAUCUAACAUGGCCACAAAUCUCCAAUAACAACAUUUUUGGAAAGACACCACCUAAGUUGAAAUGUACAACUCAGUUAGAGGAACUCGAUCUCUCUUCAAAUCAUCUUGUAGGUGAGAUUCCCAAGGAAUUGGGUGCAUUGACAUUGAUGUUCCGUCGUUUGCUAAGUGGUAACCAGCUUUCAAACAAAAUUCCACCCGAGAUUGGAGUUCUUUCAAAUCUACGGCAUCUUAACUUGGCAUCAAACAAUUUAAGUGGGACGAUUCCUUAUCAACUUGGAGAGUGCUCAAAGUUAUUGAAUUUGAAUUUGAGCAAAAACAAACUUGGAGAAAGCAUUCCAUUUUCAAUAGCUUCAUAUAUGUUUCCUUAUUCUUUGCCAAAAGAAUCGCACCAGAAAUCUGAGUCAGGGGAGGCACAACUUGGAGAUAUUUUCAAAGUAUGGGGAUAUAAUGGAAGAAUACUCUAUGAGAACAUUAUUGAAGUCACUGAAGAUUUCAACUCCAAUUAUUGUAUUGGUUCAGGAGGAGAUGGAAAUGUUUAUAAAGCUGUGCUACCCAUUGGUCAGGUGGUUGCUGUGAACAAACUUCACCAAUCUGAAGAUAGCAUGAUUUCCAACAACUUGAAAGUCUUUGAAAGCGAGAUUCAUGCUUUAUCAGAAAUAAGGCAUCGUAACAUUGUGAAGUUGUAUGGCUUUUGUUCAUAUCCAAAGAAUUCAUUUUUGGUUUAUGAGUUUGUAGAAAGAGGAAGUUUGAAAAUGGUGUUAAGCAACAAGGACGAGGCAAUGGAAUUGGAUUGGAAGAAGAGGCUAAAUGUUGUAAAAGGAGUAGCCAAUGCCUUAUCUUAUAUGCAUCACGAGCAUUCACCACCUAUAAUUCAUCAAGACAUUUCCAGUAAUAAUGUUUUCUUGGAUUUGGAAUAUGAGGCUCAUGUCUCAAAUUUUGGCACAGCUAAGCUUUAA